GGCAUAAUAGGCCUCUUAAAUGUUUUUACACCGCAAAAAACAUUAGAAGAAUUCCAAGAUGUUUACCUAGUAAUGGAGCUGAUGGACGCAAACCUCUGCCAAGUCAUUCAGAUGGAGCUGGACCACGAGCGGCUGUCGUAUCUGCUGUACCAGAUGCUGUGUGGAAUAAAACACCUCCACGCGGCGGGGAUCAUCCACAGGGAUCUGAAACCCAGUAACAUUGUGGUAAAGUCAGACUGUACCCUGAAGAUCCUGGAUUUCGGUCUGGCGCGGACAGCAGCUACGGGUCUGCUGAUGACACCAUAUGUGGUGACCCGUUACUACAGAGCCCCUGAAGUCAUCCUGGGAAUGGGAUAUCAAGUCAAUGUGGAUGUGUGGUCUGUCGGCUGUAUCAUGGCUGAAAUGGUCUGAGGUAGUGUAUUAUUUCCGGGUUCAGAUCAUAUUGAUCAGUGGAAUAAAGUAAUAGAGCAGCUGGGAACGCCAACCCAAGAGUUCCUGUUGAAACUCAACCAGUCUGUGCGGACCUACGUGGAGAACAGGCCGCGGUACACUGGGUAUAGCUUUGAGAAGCUGUUUCCUGACGUCUUGUUUCCUGCCGAUUCAGACCACAGCAAACUAAAAGCGAGUCAGGCACGGGACCUGCUGUCUAAAAUGCUGGUGAUUGAUGCAUCAAAACGAAUCUCAGUGGAUGAGGCUUUGCAGCACCCCUACAUUAACGUGUGGUACGACCCGGCUGAAGUGGAAGCGCCUUCUCCUCUGAUCACAGACAAACAGCUCGAUGAGAGGGACCACACAGUGGAGGAGUGGAAAGAACUGAUUUAUAAAGAAGUGCUGGAUUGGGAAGAACGGAUGAAGAACGGUGUUAUUCGAGGUCAGCCCUCCCCCGGUGCAGCAGUGAUCAACGGCUCACCCCAGCCCUCAUCCUCAUCCUCCAUCAAUGACGUCUCCUCCAUGUCCACAGAGCCCACCGUGGCCUCGGACACAGACAGCAGCUUGGAGGCCUCGGCGGGACCCCUGAGCUGCUGCAGAUGACUAUCACCCUCCCCUGGAGUCGCUCUCUGUGUGGCAUGGUAUCAGAUCUAGGCCAGUCUAAUACGUUCUUUCGGGUCUGAUUUGGCUUUUAUUUUUGAGUUGCACUCUAGAUGCUGUAAAUCACUAUACAGUUUGAUCUUUCUAGCAGCAGCAGCCCUAACAGACCGAUGAUAGUGAGCUCCUUAACAAAACAAACACUUCUUUUAUAAGCUACAUGUAGAGUAUUUUGUCAUGUCGUCGUAGAGUGAUUUUUUUUUGAAAGGUAAUCUGUAAAGAUUGA